AAUGCAGCGGGGUAAUGUAUUAACAUGGCGUCAAUGGUUGCUGUUUUGACCAGGGCCGUGGGAUUUGAAAAACACCAUGUAGAGCAGAACCAUGGAGACAACUAAACAAUAAUCCGUAAUCAACUUCAGAGCUCGAAAGUAAGUUUAGACGCGCUCGUCUGUGUCGUAAAGAUCGAAGUCGGAUUUUUUUUUCUCUCUCUUUAAUGACUUGCUGCUGUGUGGCAACUGGGUGCCAGUAUUAUUUAUUUCCCGUUAGCUGUUAGCUCAACCGGACAACCGGGCACAGCGGCUAACGGUAGGUAAUUAAGCUCACGGAGACAGCUAACAGCAAAGAGUCCCCAGGAAGUCAGCGUGAAGCCUUCCUAUAACACAGGAAACAUAUUCUGGUUUCGAUGACUUUAGGUAGCCUGCCUCCCUGGUCAUCCUCAGCGUGGUGUUGACUCCACCAGGGACAAGAGCAGCAGGACAGGAGGGAUGGAUGGGUCCAGAAGUCCAGUAAAAUCAGUAAAACAGUCUCAGCCCCGAGGAGCCAAAGCUUCGUCCAACGACAAGUCGAAUAAAGAGGCUCCCGCGCAGAGAGAGGGCGCCAAGUCCGCCGGCCGCAGCAAAGAAAACCCCACCGCUGCGAAGGAUGAACAUAACAUAGGCGGCCAGGGGAGUCGCGGGCAAGGCAGGACUUCCGCAGAUACACCCGACAAGAGGAGAGGACGGCCCUCCAGGCUCACCAGACUAAGUGGAAGAACUAGUUCCGGGGAGAGAAGCAAAGGAAAAGUGGCAGGCCCACAACAGCAACAACAACAGCAGCAGCAGCUGGCGGCACAAGCGCCUGACUCCAGGGCGUCUCUUUCUGCGGAUAGCAGCCCCUCAGCGUACAGAGAGACCAGCUCUCCCGUAGCGCCCGGUACACCUGAGAAAGGCCUCGCAGAGCAGGAGAAAAGCUCCACCGUCACUCCAGCAAAGGAAAAGUCUCAUGGGGUGAAAGCUGCAGCAUUGAUGCAUCAGUCUAUUGAAGGGAGGACAGAGGUGAGGCCCAUUGUGGAGGAAGGACCGCUGACAGAGCAACAGCUGGGCCUCCGACAGGCAGAGGAACGCCUCUACAGAGACUACAUCCACCGACUGUUGAAACAGUCCCCCGAGUACCCGAACUACCAAUACUUAUGCAAGCUCUGUUCUGUGCACAUUGAGAACAUCCAAGGAGCACACAAACACAUCAAGGAGAAGAGACACAAGAAGAACAUAAUGGAAAAACAGGAGGAGAACGAACUGCGUGCCCUGCCGCCCCCCUCCCCCUCCCAGCUGAGGGCCGUGGAUGCCGCCGUCCUGGAAACAGCCAGAGAGCACGGGAUCUCAGAGGAGGACUUCGAAAUCCGGAAGGCCAUGGUCGUCAGGAUGGAGGAGAUCAUAAAGAAGCACCUCUCAGCCUGUUCUCUCCGUCUCUAUGGUUCCUGUCUUACCCGAUUUGCCUUCAAGACGAGUGACAUCAACAUCGAUGUCACCUACCCUUCCUCAAUGACACAACCUGAGGUCUUGAUUCAAGUGCUGGAAAUCCUCAAGAACAGCCCUGAAUUCUCCGAGGUUGAGUCAGACUUUCAUGCCAAAGUUCCUGCCGUUUUCUGUCGGGAUGUCAGCAAUGGCUUGAUGUGCAAAGUGAGUGCAGGCAAUGAUGUUGCUUGUCUCACCACCAAUCACCUGGCAGCCCUGGCUAAACUGGAGCCCAGAUUGGUCCCCCUUGUACUGGCCUUCCGCUACUGGGCAAGGCUGUGUCACAUCGACUGCCAGGCUGAAGGCGGCAUCCCCUCGUACUCCUUCGCCCUCAUGGUCAUCUUCUUCCUGCAGCAGAGGAAAGAGCCCAUCCUCCCCGUCUACCUGGGCAGCUGGAUCGAAGGCUUUGACUUGAAACGUGUGGACGAGUAUCACCUGACCGGAAUCACGGCGGACAUGUUUGUCCGGUGGGAGCACAGACCUCCGAGCUCCAACGACGGACGAGGGGAGAAUCGGAACGAGGCCAGAGGGGAAGGCAGACCCAAACCAGAGCAGAACAAAUCUGACGACGCUCACUAUUCAGAGGGCUUGAGCCGCCUGACCUUGGAUCUGGAUAAAAGUGUGUCGCUGGGCCAGCUGUGGUUGGAGCUCCUGCGUUUCUACACGCUGGAGUUCGCUCUGGAAGAAUUCAUCAUCAGCAUCCGCUUAAAGGAGCUCCUCUCUAGGGAAGUGAAGAACUGGCCUCGUCGCAGACUCGCUAUCGAAGAUCCUUUUGCCUUGAAGAGGAACGUUGCACGAAGCUUGAACAGCCAAAUGGUGUUCGAGUACAUCCAGGAGCGUUUCCGUACAGCCUAUAAAUACUUCGCCUGCCCUCAGAGAAAAGGCACGGGGGGGCGUCAGAGAAGCAAGAAGGCUGGCAAGCAAGGCGCCAAGUUGGACGGAGUAGAGAAGAAGGAGGCCGCAUGUGAGAACAAGGAAGAGAACGACGGGAAAGGGGAAAAAAGGCGAAGCGGGCUCAAGAGGUCAAAGGAUGACGAAGAACCUGAGAGCGACGACGAAGAUGGUUCGGAUCCGUCCAGAGAGAAGGAUGAUGAGGAGAUGUUAGAUGCCAGCCUCAUGGACCUGGUCCUCAGUGAGGAGAACAGACCCGCUGAGCGGCCGGCGAGCGCUUCCCUCUCCCCCAACGGCCUGCUGGACAGUGACAAGGAGGGGGAGGACGAGGACGAGGAGGAGAACGGCGUUUCGGACAAAGAGGGGAUUGUGGCAUCAGAGGAUCUGCACUAUGUGUUUGAUAAGAUGAUUUUCACUGGCGGGAAGCCUCCGACUGUCGUUUGCAGUAUCUGCAAACGAGAUGGUCACCUGAAGGACGAGUGUCCCGAAGACUUUAAGAAGAUUGAGCUGAAGCCUCUGCCUCCCAUGAACGACCGCUUCCGAGAUAUCCUCGACGGGCUCUGCAAGCUGUGCUACUAUGAAUUGUCACCUACACAUGCUGAGCAGCAGAAGAGGGAGCAGAUCCUCGCCAGCCUGGAGAGGUUCAUAAGGAAGGAGUACAACGAUAAAGCUCAGCUGUGCUUGUUCGGCUCCUCCAAGAACGGCUUCGGUUUCCGUGACAGCGACCUUGACAUCUGUAUGACUCUGGAGGGUCACGAGACUGCAGAGAAACUGAACUGCAAGGAGAUCAUCGAAGGUCUCUCCAAAGUAUUAAAGAAGCAUACAGGUCUGAGGAACAUCUUGCCUAUCACAACAGCUAAAGUGCCUAUUGUGAAGUUCGAACACAGACAGAGUGGUUUAGAGGGAGACAUCAGCCUCUAUAACACCCUGGCUCAACACAACACCAGAAUGCUGGCGACGUACGCAGCCCUGGACCCACGCGUGCAGUUCCUGGGAUACACCAUGAAGGUCUUUGCAAAGCGCUGUGACAUCGGCGACGCGUCCAGAGGAAGUCUGUCGUCUUACGCUUACAUCCUGAUGGUGCUUUACUUCCUGCAGCAGAGGCAGCCACCAGUCAUUCCCGUCCUGCAGGAGAUCUUUGACGGGAACACGGUUCCCCAGCGGAUGGUAGAUGGCUGGAAUGCUUUCUUUUUCGAUGACCUUGAGGAUCUGCGUCGGCGUCUGUCCGAGCUGCAGCCCAACACGGAGUCGGUGGGGGAGCUGUGGUUGGGUCUCUUACGCUUUUACACAGAAGAGUUUGACUUCAAAGAGCACGUCAUCAGCAUCCGUCAAAGGAAACGUCUCACCACCUUUGAGAAACAGUGGACCAGCAAAUGUAUCGCUAUAGAAGAUCCCUUUGAUUUAAAUCAUAAUCUUGGUGCUGGAGUCUCUCGCAAAAUGACAAACUUCAUCAUGAAGGCCUUUAUAAACGGGAGAAAGUUGUUUGGAACUCCGUUCUACCCCGUCCCCAGCACUGAAGUGGACUACUUCUUCGACUCGAAGGUUCUAACGGACGGCGAGUUGGCGCCCAAUGACAGGUGCUGCAGGAUCUGCGGGAAGAUCGGACAUUACAUGAAGGACUGUCCCAAGAGACGCAGGAUGAAGAAGAAGGAAAACGACAAAGACGAGGACGUAAAAGACGAGGAGCGGGAGCCGAAGGACAGACGAUGUUUCCAGUGUGGAGACAUGGGUCAUGUACGAAGGGACUGUCCAGAGUACCGCCAUCUAAAACAGAGGGUCACCGGGGCACCAGUUCACAUGGUACGAACAAUGGUGAGCUCCCAGUCCAUCCCCAUUCCCCAGGCAGCUGCAGACUGUCCUGGAAGGACCAGACUACCCUCCGAAUGUUCGGACAGUCGGCAGACUCCUCCCUACUCCCCGCAGCCCACCAGUGUCCCUCAGAGUUCCUCCCAGUCCUCCAGUUCCCCCCAGCCCUCCCACGGUAAGACCAGUUCUGCUGGUCCCCCGAAGCAGCCCGUUCACCCGCAGGUCCCCCUGUCUCUCUUCAGCUUCCCUACGUCCCACCCAGGCCAGUACCAUCCCGGGGCACUCACCACACUGGGGCUUCUUCCCUCCCACCAGCACCAGUCGCAGGGUCAGCCUCAUCACCCAGUCCACAUCCCUUCCACCUCCUGGCCCAUCCACGGACCAGUCCUCACCACGUCCUCUCCCACCGCCCCCUCCCCGCCCGGCCUGAAAUUCGCUCUGCGCUCGGCGUCGGGGAACGGGAGUCCCACAGGCUCAGGGGGCAACCCCAGCCCCAUGAACCUGAACGACCCCAGUAUCAUCUUCGCCCAGCCGGCGGGGAGACAGCUGGGCAUCGGCGGGCCUGGACGGGAAGGACACUGGCACAACCACAUGGCACAAGCUGGGUCACUCAUGGGAAAUGGCACUGUAGUCAAGUCAGACUCGGGCCACCCCACCCAGUUCGUCGGUGUGAACCAAGGCCAUCGGUUAUGGGAGCACAAUAAAACACCCCAGUACACUCUGUCUCCAUCCUGGCCCUACCGGAUGCCCCAGAACUUCAUCCAGCAGGGCAACGGAGGCUACCAGCCCAGCAAGCCCUACGUGGCACAAGGUUCUGUGGUGCAUCCUAAUCCCAACUUCCCGCUGGUUCCCCACGUCAGACAUCAAGUCAAUCUGAAUUUCAUCCAGCAGAAGAAAUGAAUUUGCAGCUCCUUUUAAAAUCGGGUUCAUGGUCAGUAACAACGAAACAAAGCAGCAUUAUGUACUCUUUGCAUCAUUUGAUCACAAGGAUUUUUAAAAUGAAUUUUAUCAUUUUUGUACAGUUUUUAUGUUUUAUUUUUUUGUCUCAUUACAUUGAUUUGUGAUACAAAUGUCAAAUAUUUUAAUACCCCCAUUUUUGAGGGGGUCCAAAAAAGUGUUUUUAUUUUAUGUGUAAAGUAAGGAGGAAAAAAAUGUAAACCUUUAUUUUUAUUAGCUGUAUUCAUACUUUGCUUGCCACAAGAUGAAGGCUUUGAAUAGACGUUUGUUUUAAAAACAAUCUAACAUGUCACCCUAGGUAUGUAGUGCCAAACGCAGGGAUAGCAAGAAAAAAGGGAAAAAAAUCUUAAAUAUUUGAAAAAAAAACCCUAAAAAAAAAAUAAAGAAAAAAGCAAACAA